GAGAGGGAGUAGACGAUGGCUGCGGCCUCACUGGAGAAAUUUCUAGGGUUAGCGCCAAGGAGGGAUCCACAGCUCUAGAUCUGGAUUGUGGACCCUAGAUCUUGCUCGGUGGAGCUCGGCGAUUCCCGGGAUUGCAUGCUUUUUCCUUCUUUUAUCUUCCAGGGAUCGAUCAAUCCACUCCAUCGCAGCGAAGAAUGUCGAGCUCGCAGCUCGGGCGAAGCGACAAAUCCUCCUCAAGGUGUGUAAACUGGGGGCAUUCCAUGGCGCUCAAUCACCUCCCGCCGAAGAGUCCAGCGAUUCCAUCCUCUACUUCGUCGUCCCAGCCGUGCGUUGGGCCGCCCUACCCUGGAUGCGUGGUGAGAGUUCCUGGCUAUGGCGCCGCGGCCGUGGCGCAUCACCAUCGCCGGAGCCCAUCCGCGAGCUUUGUCCCGGACGUGGAGCCCUCUUGGCUCGAGGAGCUGCUCGAUUCGCCCAAGGCGCCCGAGAGGCCGUCGCGCGCGUCUCACAGGCGAUCCGCCAGCGACAGCAUCACCUUCUUGGAGGCUCCAUCCAACCUCCGAAAGAUCGAUGACAUUGCCGAGGAGGACGAGUGCUACUUCGAUCGGGAAGAACAGCAGCUCGCGGCCAUGUUUAGCGACGUCGUCCAGAUAUCCGAUGGAGGAUGGUCUCAGCAAGAUCGAAGAGCUCCUCAUCCCUUCCGGACUUUUCCUGGAGAUUUGAGCUACGUUGGUGGAUCAAGGAUGGGGAAUGACGCCGAGCAGCAGCAUGACAACGAGCAGUCACAGCUCCAGGGCGAUCAGAGCGCUGAUUCCAAGCGCUCCAAGAGGCAAUCAGCCCAGCGCUCCAGAGUGCGAAAACUUCAAUACAUUCAUGAGCUGGAGGGUAACGUCAGUGACUUACAGAAUGAGGUGUCUGGGCUGUCGACACAAGUGGCACUGCUCGAGCACCAGCGCCUGGCGCUUCACUUGGACAACGCAGCCCUCAAGCAGAACGUUGCUGGUCUGGCUCAGGAUGCCCGGAUUAAAGAUGCUCACAACGAGGCCCUGAAGAAAGAGAUCCAGAGGUUGAGAUUCUUGAAGCAGCAGCAGCAACGACUUAGGCAGCAGCUGGCUUUAGCUUCUUCGGCAGCAGGAAAUAAUGUAGAGACGACGACAACAACAACAACAACAACAACGAAACAUGUGAGGCGAGCAAGCGCGGGGUCAGUCCAGGAUCUGGGCUCCUCGGCGGCAGCAGACGUCCUCGAUUACUCCUUUGUAAAGUUUGUCGAGAAGACUGACAGUCCGGUGCUGCGUUCCAGCUGCACCAUGGCCGGGAAUGGCAAGAGCUUAGAAGUUGGAGCGAGCAGGCUCUCCGGAGCACCACCAGGUUUCAUCGUCCACAACCAUUUGUAGAGACGAUCAAGACGAAGAGGCACAGCAGGAAAGACAGGCAAGAAAAAAAAAAAAAAAAACUAAUGGAACAGAGACAGGGACACGGGUGAAAGAACAGGAAAAAAAGAGGAGGAAAACUAGAACAGGCUCAGAAGAAGCGGUGGCACUUGGAAGUUUGGGAGCUUUUCUAUUAGUCUGUACAUUUUUUUUUCCUCUACUCCGGCUGGCGACACAGGGAUUGGAGUAGAGGGUGAUCGGAUUGGUGGUGGACAGAGAUGGUGGCUUGGCUUGGGACUAGCCCCUCGGUGAUUUUAAAGACAGGAAGGAAUAACAGUAAGCAUGGAAUGGGAAGAAGAUUUCUCAAGGUGGAA